AUGUACGAAGGGAUUGACAACCUGAAAUCCCUUUACGACCGUGCCGGGAAGACUUUCUCCGGCGGUCCUUCUGCGGCACAGGAUGCGCCGCGUCGUAAUGCUCGACCAGAUCCAGUACGUCGAUCAUCAGUUGGAAGCGGGGCUCCCAAGUAUCCCAGGACGGGGGAUAGCCGCGCCACCGGACGAGAUAACUCGUCCGACGUCCGUUCACGUCGCGGUGGUUCAACAUCCGCUCAAUUAGAUAGCGCGGACCACCGCGAGAGUCCUAAAGAGGAGGUGAUGGAGGAGGGAAAACGCUCUUCAAGCCUCUUUGAUCGCGUAACUCUUGCGUUACGCGGCGACCUCGAGCAUGAGCGGGACAGGCGUCUUCAGCUGGCGGACACUGUCUUGAAGCAUCGAGCUGAGUUUGCCUUUGCUCAGCUUGAGAACGAGAGAGAUUUGACUUAUCUGCGUAACGAGCUAAGGGUAGCUCAUGCGAAUAUUGACCGGUCUCGGGCUGAGAUAACUGCUCUUCAGACCCUUGUUGAUGGCCACCAUCGGGAGCACAAGGCUCUCUGUGCGAUGCUUGAACGCAAGGCCGUUCUUCAUCGGGAUAAACAGCGUACUGAUAGUACUGCUUAA